AUGGCAAACAAUCAAGCUUAUGUCUACGUCCACAAUGUCAAACCACACAAAGAUGCUUGGAGAGUGCACGUGAAGCUACUCCAUUCAUGGACAUCGAAUACAAAUUUUGGAGGGGAAACUCUAGAAUGUGUUCUUGCUGAUGAAAGAGGUGGCAAAAUUCACGCAAGUUGCAAAAGAAAUCUGAUGUUCCGCCUCAAACGAAAUCUCCCGAUUGGUGAAUGGAGAUUCAUAGAACACUUCAAGGUUGCUGCUUCUGGUGGAAAAUAUCGACCAACCCCGCUACCAUACAAAAUCAACUUCACAAGUGACACACUGAUCUCUCGGUCAGUGUUUGAGGACGACAAUCCAUGUCUUUCUCUGGUGAAUUAUGAAGAUUUCGGUACGGAUGCUUUAGAUGUAAAUGUCUUAAUCGAUAUCCUUGGCGAAGUCAUCGAUCUUGGAGUAGUACAAACCGUGCAAGUACAUCAACAAGACAGGAAAAGACUUAAUUUCCGCUUGCGUAACACAAAUGGUCGUGAUGUUGCAUGUUGCUUGUGGGGGAAAUUUGCUGAACAAUUUGAGUCCAUUAUCGAAGAUGGAUCUGUUCAAACACUAAUCUGUUUGAUUAGGUUUGCUAAAAUCGGCUCCUACAACGGUGAGUUACAAAUCACAAGUGCAUUUGAUGCUUCAAUUGUAACUCUCAACCCAACCAUCAAAGAAGCCAUGGAGUUUAAAGAAAAACUUAUGCAAAAUGAUCUUCCUCUUACUAUUGUUGACAAAAAGAGUGAGAAUAAGGUGACUAAGAUCCAAAAAACGGAUUGGGAAGAUGUUCAAAUCAGAUCCAUCGCUGAGAUAUUGGAUGCAAUGGAGGUUCAGAGUUGCAAAAUCAUAUGUUCAAUUGAAUCUGUUGACACAGAUUGGGGUUGGUUCUACUUUGGAUGUGUUGCACACAACAAACGUGCAACUAAGAUUCGUAACAAUCAAAUUGGAAACUUGACUCAAAACGACAAACCAUUAUGGCGUUGCGAAAAAUGUCACUCACAUGCUGAAAAGAUUGAACCAAAGUACAAAUUGCAUUUGAAUGUGAGAGAUGACAGUGGAGAGUGCAAAUUGAUGAUGCUUGACACUGUUGCCAGUACCAUUGUUGGUUGUGAUGCUGUUGAGCUUUGGGAUGGUUCAUUUGAUGAGAUAGAAGAUCCUGAACUAAUCCCCAUGCCCCUCGGAGCAUUAGUUGGGAAGUCUUUUUGUUUUGGAGUAUCUAUAAGCUCGGGAAAUUUAGAUAAAGGAUCGAACACCUACUUUGUUUCUCAAGUUUGGACUGGUGAUAAUCUUCUUAAACUCGAGUCUCAUUCUGAACCUGUUUCUGCCUUAGAGACAAAUUCGUCCACUCUUUCUACUGGGGAGGUUCAGAAACUCAAGGCAAACUCUGAGAGCUCAUCUGAAGGAUUUACAACACCAACUGUUAAGCGCAAGGAAGAAGAUGCUGAGCUGAAGGACAUUACCUCAACCUCAAAGAAGCUAUGCACUAAGACAGUGAAGUUGGAGAAGAAUAAGGUUGAUUAG